CCAAAGGCAUGGUUUCUCGGAAUAUAAAAAACAUGUAAUGGGGCACGAUAAAUUCCACAUUGUCCCAGUUAUAAAUAAGGGAAGUGGCACCCCGAAUGCACUCGUGCUUAAGUCUGGGUAUAGAGAGCUACUUCCAAAGUAUUUAUCGAUGGAGGGUCCAGCAAGUUUCAGGGGCUUCACUCUCAUAACGAGUCUGCUUUUGGUAUCUUGGACCGUGAAUUCUCAGCUCACGACAGAUUAUUACAUGAAGACAUGCCCGAACAUUCUCCAAAUCGUGCGGAGAGGAGUCCAGACCGCGAUCAUGACAGAGAUGAGAAUGGCCGCUUCGCUGCUUCGGCUUCACUUCCAUGACUGCUUUGUAAAUGGCUGCGAUGGAUCAGUUCUACUGGAUGGAAACGACAGUGAGAAGUUGGCUGGUGCUAACCUCAAUUCUGCAAGAGGUUUCGAAGUCAUAGAUUCCAUUAAAACUGCAGUUGAGGCCUCCUGCCCCGGAGUCGUGUCUUGUGCUGAUAUAUUAGCCAUAGCUGCCCGAGACUCCGUGCUGUUGAGUGGAGGACCCACAUGGAGAGUUCUGCUGGGAAGACGGGACGGGCUCAUGGCAAACCAGACUGGAGCAAAUAACGCCCUUCCUUCUCCUUUCGACAGCCUCGGCACAAUCAUCUCCAAGUUUGCUGCUGUGGGACUCAACGUAACAGAUGUUGUAGCCUUGUCAGGUGGUCACACUAUUGGGCUAGCAAGGUGUGCAACUUUCAGCAACCGACUGCUCAACUUCUCGGGCACUGGCGCUCCAGACACGACCAUAGACACAAGCCUGGUAUCCGACCUUCGGAGUCUCUGCCCUGUGAAUGGAGAUGGUAACACGGCCACUCCUUUAGACAGGAACUCAACUGAUCUGUUCGAUAACCACUACUUCAAAAACUUGAGGAACAAAAAGGGCAUUCUCAGUUCGGACCAGAUACUGUAUUCCAGUAAGGAGGCCAAUUCUACGACCCGACCCCUGGUUGAGACUUACAGCUGUAACUCCAAUGCUUUUGUCAUGGACUUCGUGAACUCGAUGAUCAAGAUGGGGAAUAUAAGUCCACUCACCGGCACAAGUGGAAAAAUCAGAAAUAACUGUAGGGCAAUCAAUUCGUAAAAUUUAUGAGUUGAGAUUCGAGAGAACAGUGUGAUACUAU